AUGGUGGAGAUGUCAGAAGCAUUUAAAAUUAUAGAUACUGUGAUGAAGCAAUGGGUGGGCAGUUUAGAACAGGUUAAAAUUGAGGAUAGUUUGGGUUGUAUUGUAGGUGAAUCUUUGUAUGCUAAAGAACCAAUGCCACCUUUUCCUGCAUCCAUAAAGGAUGGUUAUGCAUGUAUUAGUUCCGACGGUGCAGGCGUAAGACGUGUACGUGCUGCAGUGCUGGCUGGUGAAUCUUACAAGACACCACUCAGAGCUGGGGAAUGUGCUCGUAUCAAUACUGGAGCACCAUUGCCUCCAGGUGCUGACUGUAUAGUGCAGGUAGAGGAUACGAAACUCGUUUCCGCAUCGCCCGACAAUGAAAUCGAACUGGAAGUUGAAAUCCUGGAAGCGCCCAAGCCGCAACAAGAUGUGCGACCGAUCGGUUUUGACAUACCUUUGGGAGCUCAUCUCGUUAGCGAAGGAGCUGUAGUCGAUGCAGCGCUAAUCGGGCUGUUGGCUGGCGCCGGUUAUCAGCACAUAAAAAUCAGAUCCCAGCCUAAGGUGGCAAUACUGUCAACGGGCAAUGAGCUUCAAGAUCCAUCGGAGAUAAUACUGAAGCCGGCACAUAUUCGCGACUCUAACCAGACGAUGAUAAAUGCACUCCUCAGGGAGCACGGCUAUGCGAGCGUGUGCGUGGGCGUGGCGCGCGACGAAGCGGCCGAGCUGGCGGCGAGCUUGUGCGCCGCGCUGAAACGCGCGGAUGUGCUCGUUUGCACGGGCGGCGUGUCUAUGGGGGAGCGGGACCUCCUCAAGCCCGUCCUGGUUCAGGACUUUGGGGCUACGCUGCACUUCGGUCGCGUACGCAUGAAGCCUGGCAAGCCAAGCACUUUCGCCACCUGCCAGUUUGAAGGAAAGACGAAGUACAUUUUCGCAUUGCCAGGCAACCCUGUGUCGGCGUACGUGUGCUGCCUGCUGUUCGUAGUGAGGGCGCUGCGCGUGUGUGCGGGCCGCGGCGGGGACUUCCCGCGGAUGCGCGCUCGGACCGCCGAGCCGCUGCGACUGGACCCUAGGCCGGAGUACGUCAGGGCGACGAUUACAUUCACGGACUACGAUCUGCCGUCCGUCGACGUGCUGGGGAACCAGUGCAGCAGUCGACUGCUCAGCGCUUGUGGUGCCAGCGUACUGCUGGAAUUGCCGCCUGCGACUGAAGAGUGUCCCACGCUGCCUGCGGGUACCGUAGUACCCGCUAUCGUCACUGGCCGCUUGGGC